AUGAGUUUACCCUGGUAUCACCUGGAACGGCCUGCUCGAAUGACCUUGCUACGAGCUUAUUAUACUGUAUGUGCACUCACAUAUCCUACAUAUGUGGCGAUCAACUACAAAAGUUAUAUUCCAGACAGAGCACAGGUUCUUGGCGGAAAAUCACUUCGUGACGAGAUUCUACAUCCGGCAAUCGUCAAAAACUAGAUCUAUCGAUGUGCAAUUCCUCAUCAUUCUCCGAAUUUUUGUCAAAUACGAGUAUUUUUCCGCCAUUAUCAUUGGUUUUGAGUUUUCCCCCAUAGGCCCUUUUCGUUUUUUUCUUUUAGUUUUUAGUCGUUGUUUGUUAUCAUUUUAAAUUUAUUCAUUCAUUAAAAUUAUUUAAUUAUG